UCGGGCCCCACCAACAGUGGAAAGACUUACCAUGCAAUCCAGAGAUACUUGUCAGCGAAAUCUGGAGUGUACUGUGGCCCUUUGAAACUGCUGGCACACGAGAUCUUUGAUAAGAGUAAUGCUGCUGGUGUGCCGUGUGACUUGGUGACAGGUGAAGAGCGGCAGACAGUUGAGCCUGAGGGGAAGCAAGCCAGCCAUGUCUCUUGUACUGUGGAGAUGUGCAGCGUUACAACUCCUUAUGAAGUGGCUGUGAUCGAUGAAAUUCAGAUGAUCAGAGACUCAGCCAGAGGAUGGGCCUGGACCAGAGCACUGCUAGGACUCUGUGCUGAAGAAGUCCAUUUGUGCGGAGAAUCUGCUGCUAUUGACCUGGUCACUGAGCUUCUGUACACAACUGGUGAGGAGGUAGAGGUUCACAAAUAUGAAAGGCUUACCCCCAUUUCCGUGCUGGAUCAUGCACUGGAGUCUUUAGAUAACCUUCAGCCUGGGGACUGCAUUGUCUGUUUUAGCAAGAAUGAUAUAAUUAUUUUUUACUCCCUUAUAAAGCCCAGCAUCAAUGAAAAGGGAGAGAAGGAGCUGGAGCCAAUCACCACCUCCCAAGCUCUGCAGAUCGCCGGCCGAGCUGGCAGGUUCAGCUCCCACUUUAAGGAGGGAGAGGUCACAACUAUGCACCGGGAGGACUUGGCUCUGCUGAAGGAGAUUCUGAACAGACCUGUGCCUCCUAUACAGGCAGCUGGUCUUCACCCCACUGCUGAGCAGAUCGAGAUGUUUGCCUACCAUCUCCCUGAGACAACGCUGUCCAAUCUCAUCGAUAUUUUUGUAGACUUUGCACAAGUUGAUGGGCAGUAUUUUGUCUGCAAUAUGGAUGAUUUCAAGUUCUCUGCAGAGCUGAUCCAGCAUAUUCCACUAAGUCUACGGGUGAGGUAUGUGUUCUGCACAGCCCCCAUCAACAAGAAACAGCCUUUCGUCUGCUCGUCCCUGUUACAGUUUGCCAGGCAGUACAGCAGGAAUGAGCCCCUGACCUUUGCUUGGUUACGCCGGUACAUCAAGUGGCCUUUGCUUCCGCCUAAGAAU